AUGCGGCAGUUUGUAUUGCGGAUUUUUUUCGUGUUACGACAACUGCUGAAUCCAUGCCUUGGACCGAUAGCGAUCAAUCGUGAGGAUGCGGAUGUGGAAGCCGAACGAACCGCACUCCGAUCGUCGGUCAGUGCCGAUCCAGCAGCGCUUCAAACUGGCGAUUCCACCGAUGAUGAAUCCUCGGCAGUGCGUCUCUCGAGGCGUUCAUCGGUUCUGGUCAGUCUUUUAUCACCUUCUCAAAAU